UAUGGUCUUGCAUACUUCCGUGGAAAUCAAUGCAGAAUCAUAAGAAAGGGAUUUUUUUUUUGAUUUUUGUAAAUUCAAAUAAUUUUACAUAUGCAACGAUACACAGAAUACCUCUAGUAAAGCAAAUGUCGCCGUGUUUGAGGUGGCGUCGAGAAUCUGUCACCGUUUACGUGCGAGCCUGGCACGCUGCGCUUAAAUAAACAGUGUGCGGUUUACUGUGUGCACGUAUAUCGUGUUUAUUUAUUUGAAUUAUUGUUAUUGAAAAGAAGUAAUGAUGUCUGCUGAAGAACUAAUAGAAGCAGUAAAAGAGCACAAAGAGCUAUACGACACGAACCAUCCUAAUUAUAUGAAAACAAAACUGAAAUGGAUAAUAUGGAAUACCAUUGCAAAGCGUUUACAUUUUACAAAUGGAGAAAAUGCAAAAACCAUGUGGCUUAGAUUAAGAGGCAGCUAUCGAGAUGCAAGACGGCGACAAAUAAAAAUGCAGAAAAGUGGAGCCGAACAUAUAAAGCCAUGGCGAUAUCAAAAUAAAAUGUCAUUUCUUGAAAAAUUUACAUCAGUUGGAAACCGUGAAGGUUAUACCUUUGAUCAUACCUGCAAUGAUUCUCAAUUUUCAUAUGAUUCCACAACAUAUCUACCUUUUGAAAUGGUUGAAGUAGAAGAAGAAUGUAAAGAUGAAAGUGAAUUACAACCUCAAGAUGACGAUAAUAUUGUUGAAGUGGGUAAAGAAAUUAAUUACGUAAAGGAAGAAAAGAAGAAUUUUGAUAAUGAUUCAUGUGAUCUUAUUAAACGUUCAAUGCAGCCUUACCAUCAAAGUUUAGAACAAUCAGCAGAAGAUACAAAAAACAUAAAUCAAAAUAAAAAUAAAAAUAAAAAGAGCGAAGAAAGUAGUGAGAGAGAUCCUCUUUAUACAUUUUUCAUGUCCAUGUAUCAAGCUACCAAACAAAUGCCACCCAUAUAUCAGCAUAAGGUAAGAUCACAAGUUUUUCAAUCAAUAUCUGAUGCAGAAGCAGAUAUUCUAAACAUGACUCCUCAUCGACCAUAUUCAACGGUUUCUAAUUACUGCCAUUUGGAUUCAUUUGAUAAUUCGUAAUAUAAUAUAAUAUUAUAUUAGUAUUAAUAAUUAGAUAAGAUAAUGUAAGUCCAGCAAUACAUUGCGUUCUCUAUUUUUUAGAGAUGUUGUU